GUUGCAGGGACAUCAGCGAGGAAGACUGAGACGGCCAAGGCAACAAUGGGCGGUUCGUUAAUUAAUUGGUCAGGGCAGGGUUUACAGAAAUUAGGGCCAACAUUAUCCUGCGAUGCAGAUGCACAUACUUUGAUUUUGGAUAAAAACCAGUUAAUUAAAUUGGAACACCUGGAGAACUGCAGGAACCUGAUGCAGUUGUCAGUAGCCAACAAUCGGUUAGUGCGGAUGAUUGGUAUAGCAAAACUGACUCAGCUUCGAGUAUUAAACUUGCCUCACAACAGUAUUGGCUAUGUAGAGGGUUUGAAGGAUCUGGUGCAGUUGGAAUGGCUGAAUCUGGCAGGAAAUAACUUAAAGACUAUAGACCAGAUCAAUGGCUGUACAUCUCUUCAACAUCUUGAUUUGUCAGACAACAAUGUAUCCCAAAUAGGAGAUAUCUCCAAGCUUUUAUCUUUAAAGACUCUGUUGCUGCAUGGAAACAUCAUAACUUCAUUGCGUACAGCACCUGCAUGUUUACCUCAAGGUCUGGCUAUUCUUUCAUUGGCAGAAAAUGAAAUCAGAGACUUGAAUGAGAUUUCUUUCUUGGCUUUCCUUCCUGACCUGGAGCAAUUAUCAAUUAUGAACAACCCCUGUGUGAUGGCCACACCUUCCAUCCCAGGGUUUGAUUAUCGGCCAUAUAUUGUCAGUUGGUGUCUCAGUCUUAAAGUCCUUGAUGGCUAUGUGAUUUCUCAGAAAGAAAGCUUGAAAGCAGAAUGGCUUUACAGUCAAGGAAAGGGGAGAUCGUUUCGACCAGGCCAGCACAUUCAGUUAGUACAGUAUCUGGCCAGUGUUUGCCCUCUUACUACUAUGCUUGGGCUCCAAACGGCAGAGGAUGCCAAACUAGAAAAAAUACUACAUAAACAAAGGUUGCAUCAGAGGCAACUGAUGUACCAAAGCCAAGCUGAUGAGCAACCUGUAUCCUCAACUCUGCAUAAAGGGCUGCCUGCUACCAGUGAGCCAAACAGCCCUGUCCACGGGCCACAAAUAAUGACUGAAAGUGAACCUGUUAUCAAGAAGAAUACCUGGGUUAUGACAAAACCCAAUGAUGACCAUUCCUAUGCAGUUAAGAAUGUUUGUCUGGCCUCAGUGCAAGCUGAAAGAAGUACUUCUAAGGAUCUUUAUCUGGAUGAUAUACAAACUGAUGAAGACAAGUUGAACAGUAGUCUCCUAUCCUCAGAGUCUACUUUUAUGCCUGUGGCUUCAGGGCUCUCUCCAGUGUCUCCUACUGCUGCAGAACUGAGGCUUCGUGGAAUUUGUAUUGAUAUAGAAGACAUGGAGGGUGCUGAUCUUGAGGGUAAUAAGCAAGAUGAAACCAUAGAAAAUACAUCUAUGGUUCUUGGAGAGUAUACCAUCAAGUCAGCAGAGAUUGUGGUGGAAACUCAACAGGAAGAAAUAUUAUCCGCUUCUAGUUUAUUAGAACCCACUAUUACUCUGUCUGCUGGAAUUAGCAGUUGUCAGACAUCCUUUGAAGACCUCAAGCAAUCAGAAACACCUGAAGAAAAAUUAAUCAGAACAGUUUCUCCAACCAAAUCUCUAGAAGAACUGUCUGCUGAUGCAUCUGCUACUUUAAUCCAAAAGCAAGACGUGCUUGGAGAAACAAACAGAGCAGCCACCAAGAUCCAAGCCCUUUGGAGAGGUUUUUACACAAGGAACUACCAUCCCAGAGCCAAGGAAGUGCGCUAUGAAAUUCGACUCAGCAGAAUGCAGAAUCAUAUUAUGCAUUUAACUGAAGAAGUAAAAAAAUUAAAAAAAGAAAAAGAUGAAGAGAAGCUUCAAAGACUUGUGCAAGAGGAAGCUGUGAAAUUCCUUUGGGACCAGGUUAGAGUCCUCCAGGAGUGGCAGCUUUCAGUAAACCCACAUCUAACUACUAUCGGUCAACAUGUAAUUCCUACAUCAAGCGUUUUGGGCCCUGUCAACUUACCUACUGAGUCAUCUAGACCAAAUAAAAUAUAUUCUCCUGUUGAUAGUUCAACCUGGUCAAUUUCAGCUGCUGAGGCUUGUCAUCGGAAAUAUUUACCAGAAUUUCCUGACUCGGGCUUCCAUUCCUGUGUGACUGAUCAAAACUGCCUUCAUGAAUCGCAAGGGUCUGAAGAAAAUUUGGCAGAAGGCAAUGAGAGCUCUCUAGGGAAUACUUUGGAAACGGUCAGACGAUGCAAAGGUUCUCCUUCGGAAGCUGAGGAGGUCCAACUGGACUAUGGGGAAUAUGAUAAGGAGAGCUUCAACAGUGAUCAGGACGGUAGUCUUCUCCAGCAGUAUUUAAAAUCAGUUGAGCAGCUAGAUCAGGCCGAUGACAAGACAAAUUGCAGCAAUGAAACAGAAAGCAGCAGGCCCCAUACGGCUGUUUCGUCAGAAGACCAGGAUAUCUUACGCGAUGCUGUGUCAGGCUCUCAAGUGGUGCUUACCUCAGAACAAGAUGGAAUUGGUCACGCCCCAGAAAUGUGCAAUUUGAAUGAAGAAAUGAAAGAAGGAAGACAGACAGACUUUGAUUCUUCAUUCCAGACACUUCCUGUUAGCGUAUCUGUGUAGCAGGCACAUACUUGUUGAAAAAAUUAGAAAAGCCACGUUAACGCUUUUUGUUAUUUAUACACAUUUUCUAUACAUUUUUCAAGCUUGUGCUCUUUUGCUGUUAGAACAGUUUUGCUAAUCUGCUAAUCUUUUAACCUUUGACUGACAUUGUGUUAAACUGUAACAAGUAAGGUUCACUAUGAUGAACAUGAUGCACUUAAUUUUUAUGCGAUUUGAACAGUCAGGUUUCUAUGAAAUAUAAUUUUGAAGAUUCUAACUACUUUUCCUAUUACCUUAGUUGAACUAAGCACUUCUUUUCUCCCAGAAGACAAAGCAUACCUGCUUAUUAUAAUCCUCAUUUUAAUAAACUAUAGAGAGACAUUCAAAUAGUCGAGAAUACUUGUAACUUGAAGGAUAUAGGCAGACAGGACAUACACAGAAAAAAUAUUGGUUUAUAUCCAGAUUUAGGUGCAUGCGACUGGGCUGGUGGAAGUGGGCAUCCCUGUCCACUCCUUCUCACAGUGGCUCCUGAACAUGCUGCACAGAGUACCCGGCUCCUCUGCUGAAUGGAGUGGGCUGUGGCGCACUUCCAGCAGUCCAGUUGCACAUGCCUAAAUCUCGAUCCAGCCCAAUGUGUUUUGACCAACAGCUCAAAAACAUAUGCUUAAACUCAGGUACUAAGCCAUAGCUUGGAUAUUUUAUUUGCCAGUCUUGCUUACCUGUACAAAUCAUCUUGUUUUAAGGAAAGACAAAAUAGUCCACUUCCCAAUACAUACAACAUGCUUUUUCCAAAUUUGGCUGCCGAGUUUCACACAGCCCAGGCCUUUAUCAUAAAGGACAGUCAUUAUGAUGCAGUUUUGACUAUAAUCUCGAUUUUCCAGCAUUAAACAAAAGCUUCUAUAAAUACGAUGCAGCAGAACCUGCUAGGAGAUUUCAAAGGCUAGGAAGUAUUUGUCAUCAGCCUCUAGCACUGCAUUCCAAGAGUCACAAAUCUGACUUGAUCUUCUUUUAGCUGUACAAGUUCACUCUGGCAAAUUCCUUAAAUAACAGUGGGAGAGUUUUCUUUUAAAGUCAAGUGAGUCAGAGUUAUAUGGCUAUUAGUCUUGCAUGGGUUCUACUCCAUUUAUUCUGGUACUAGCCUCUCGUGGUGCUGUAACAACUGAAGUUUAAGACAGGGGCUUGAACAUACAUCAAGAAAUUGUCUUGGUUGCUGACAUUGUCUGCUCAAACGGUCUCCUCUGAAAUAGCAGGGACAUAAGAGAGGCCAGUGGUUGUAAUUGCUCACUGCUAAAGGAGGAUUGGCCCCUAAGCAAACUACCCUGCUACAUUACUGUGACUCAUGGGUCUUGGGAUUUCUUGCAAUCAUGGAGAGUUGUAGGUCCUCCUACUUCCAGUUGUAGCUAUCAGGAGAGUAGCCACUAUGUUCCCCUCACCCACUGGUUUCCAAUUAAUAAUGUUUUCAAUAUUAAUCAUGUGUAGUUGCUGUCACUAAUAAAUAAGUAUUUUAUAUUCAUGAAGUUUUGGAACAUUUAGAUGUGAUGAUUGGUGACUUGACAUCCAACAUUGUUUAAGUAAAAAAAUCAAGGUUAUAGACUGCCUAUAGAUCAAUGAAUCAAUUAUAGAAAUUGCCGUGGAGAAAUUACUUUACGAUAUAUAUGGAUAGGCAUUUGUAAAAAGGCUUAACACUUGAAUCCCAACCUUUAAGUUUACCACUCUUGUAUUUUGGAAUGCAAGAAUUUAUGCUGUGGUCUUGCAUUUUGAAAAAGAAAGAUGAAGAAAAAUGGGUUUAAUUGAGGAAUUGCUUAAGAGGUCUUGGACACUUAGCUGCUAUUCUCCAUGUUACCUACUGCAUUUUUUUAUAUUUGAGCAAAUACUUUUUUAGUCUUUUUCUCCCAUUUUAAAAUGUCUUGGAGUUACUAGUAUUGCUUUCUUGAUAUGUCUUCAUUAUAGUCCAUUCCCAAUCCCAAAUAUGAAAUUAUUCCAUGUACGCAAAAGCAACACAAGACCAAUGCACUACUGAAGUUUGUUAUGCAAACAAGUAUUUAAUUUGUUAAAUGCCUAUUCUGUGCUGGAGAGAGAGGCCUAAAAACAUUAGGUAAAAUUCACACAAAGGACCCAUUGAUUUGAAUGAGAGAAUUAGUUUAGGAGUGUUCUUAAACUUUGAAAUAAAUGGGACUUAAGCUUAAUUUUGCCUUUUUUUUUUUUUGGUACUUUGUACAAUUGUCUUUGUAAGGAUAAUAUCUGUAUAUUUUGAUGAUGAACAAGGGCACAUUUGCCUUCUAGGGUGUAAUCCUUUACAUGUUUAGUCAAACAAAAGCCUGCAACUUCCAGCAUGUUCCAGUCAGCCAUGCCGGAUGUUGUAGGCCAUUCCCCCCGCCCCCGCUUCCCGGUCUAAACAUACAUAGGAUUGUGCCUUUAUUUGGCUUGAUAAAAUCUGUCUUCCAUCCCAUAGAAAUUAGUAGGAGUUGAAAGAUGCAGCAUUUUGGAGACUUGGGGAAUUGUAGAGAACUAUUUUGGGUCCAUUCAGUACAAACAGUGAUAGAGUAUUAAAAUAAAUACAGUAUGAUUUUAAAGAAAAUCUCUGCUGUGUCUAAAACAUUGUGAAGCUAAAAGGAGUCAUGAGUUUGUAUUUAUAUGGGAAUUACUGUUUCUCUGCUAUGAUGUCGUGUAUAUGAAUGAUUGGCUAGAUUUGGCUGCAACAUGCUGUUUGAAUGUCAGGAAGACAAUCAGACUUGUAAGUGCCAUAAGAGGUGAUUCCACAGGAAAAUCACAUUUUCCAACAACUUCAGAAUUAUUGUAAUGUCUAUCUAUGCUGGGAGGGGGUGGGGAGUCAACUGAA